UCAUGGGGCCCCGGACAAUAGGGGAUCAUAGGGCCCCUGUGUCCUUGCCCAAACUCAAAAAAGCCUAUGAAAAAGGUACCAGGGGCAUCUCAUGGGGCCCCCUACUGACCCCGGGCCCUCUGGCAGUGCCCGAGUUUCCAAAUGGUCAGUCAGCCCCUGAGGGGGACCCACUCUUGCAGCUCCCAAGUGCUCUCAGUACAUGAGAGUCAAGAUAACACAAGAAGUUCAUGUAUGUGAGGGGCUCCAUAGUAGUGUUUCUGACGUUCAUGCUGAACGAUGUUA